GCCACUGUGCACACCGUACGUACGAUCUUGUCUGUCUUCAUAUUUGAAAUCGAGGCCGAUGCAAUGUGGAUCUGCACCGGCGCUGUUAGGUUCUCUUCGUGGUGUGGUACUCGAAGCUGUUAAGCUGAAACUCGGCGUAGGCUAAACUUGCUCACUUCAGCGCUUUAGCGGUGCACCCUAGCUGUGGUAAUAAGGGUUUUUCACACCGCGAUGACGGCUUAACUCCGAUUAAGGGUAAUGACACCGCGUCGCACACGGGCGCUUAACGUGUAAUUGAAGUGGUGCCCUAAACCAACUAUUAGAUUAGGCCUCAGUCGGAGCCGGCUAGCCCGGUGAUGACCCGGGCCGUUUCCCAAUGGGUACCGAUAUGGUCGGGCUGUAUGCUGGUAUGGAGUACAUAAAGAAAAGAUCCAGAUCCAAUGCAGGAUUUAAAGGGACAAAGCCAUUCUUAAGGAAUAUCAUUUGGGUAUUUCACCACCAGUACCAAUCCUGUGUUUGAACGUCUUUGUAUUUCAGUUUGACGGGUUUUUCAUUCCUUCAGUGACAGGAGAACGGAGCGAGACAGUAAAGUGGGUUGAAAGGGAAUGAUGUAUAACGUAGGACCACAUAUCGGACUCUAACCCGGAUCUCUACGAGGCAUAUUAGACCGAUGGGGUUGGAGCGCUGCUAUCGAGGGUUGUGCUGUCGAGCCAGCCUCCUUUUUUUGUUGUUUUUACUUCUCGUCGCUGAUCAACUUUCACCAGCUGACUCCUCUGACUCCUUUUGACUUAACCUCCAUCUUUCCCUUCCGCCUCCGCAGGGGGGGGGGGGGGGGACUCCAUGAAAGAUGACGGAGGAGGUGAUAGUUGUAGCCAAGUGGGACUACACCGCCCAGCAGGAGCAGGAGCUGGACAUCCAUAAGAGCGAGCGGCUCCACCUCCUGGACGACUCCAAGACCUGGUGGAGGGUGCGCAACAGCUCCAACCAGACGGGCUACGUGCCCUCCAACUACGUGGAGCGCAAGAACAGCCUGAAGAAGACCUCGCUGGUGAAGAACAUCAAGGACACGUUCGGCCUGAGCCGAACCAAGAGGAAGACCAGCGCCCGCGACGCCUCCCCCCCGGCGGGCUACGACUCGGAGCCCCCGACCAACGGCCGGAGCGCCCGCGAUGGCGGUGGAGGAGGAGGUGGAUCGGAGAGGAUCUACGACCUCCACCUCCCGGCCGUGGUGAAGUUCACCUACUCUGCGGAGCGGGAGGACGAGCUCAGCCUGCUCAAGGGCUCCCGGGUAGUGGUGAUGGAGAAGUGCAGCGACGGCUGGUGGCGCGGCAGCUACGGGGGCCGCGUGGGCUGGUUCCCCUCCAACUACGUGCAGGAGGAGGAGGAUGAGGAGGCCGGAGGUGGAGGAGGAGGAGGUGGUGGUGGUGGUGGAGGUGGAGGAGACCCCUCGACCAGACAUUACGCCGACUCCCCGGAGCGGGGCCUCCCAAACGGGCGUGCCGGCGGCGGCGGCGGGGGGGCCCUCCCCCGGGUCAAGACUCUGUACCCCUUCAACUCGGUGACGGAGGAGGAGCUGAACUUUGAGAAGGGCGAGGUGAUGGAGGUGGUGGAGAAGCCCGAGGACGACCCCGAGUGGUGGCGCUGCAGGAACGCGCUCGGCCAGGUGGGGCUGGUGCCCCGGAACUAUGUGGCCCCGCUGACCGAGGGGCCCGGCCCGGCCCCCGCCUCGUCGGCCCCCGGCACGCCCCAGAAGCGGGCGGAGCGGCCCCUGGGCCCCGUGCGCACGGGGAAGUUUGGCGGGAGGGACUGGUACUACGGCGACGUCACGCGCCACCAGGCGGAGGCCAUCCUGAACGAGCGGGCGGAGGAGGGGGACUUCCUGAUUCGGGACAGCGAGUCGUCGCCCAGUGACUUUUCGGUGUCCCUGAAGGCCAGGGAGAAGAACAAGCACUUCAAGGUGCUGCUGACGGACGGAGGCUACUGCAUCGGCCAGCGCAGGUUCGGCUCCAUGGACGAGCUGGUGGAGCACUACAAGAAAGCCCCCAUCUUCACCAGCGAAUACGGAGACAAGCUGUUCCUUGUCAAAGCACUGCCGUGACGCACACACACAUGCACACGUACACGCGCGCGCCGACCACAACCUAACAAACACUGGAAAAUGAUCGUAAGGCUCAAAAAACUAACGCACCACUUCUGUUUACCAAUUCAACUUCUAAAGCGUCUUAACUUCAGCUUUCUUUCCCAAAAUCACUUUUCUUUUCUUUUUUACCAACUCAGUUGAAUGGUCUUAAUGCUUAUGGUCUUCUAUUCCGUUCAGGGGGGGCCUCUAUACUGCGUCCCUAGCCUGUUGCGCUUUGUAAAUGUUGCCCUCUGGUGGUGAUGAAAGGGAUUAUCCCUUGCUGUAGUACCACCCCAAUGUUGCCACCGACCACAUCAGCUGCUAGCAAAAUGUCUGAGGCCUUACUUUGAGAUUUAAGUCAAGUCCAAGGGAUGAAUCUUUCUUUUUAUUUACUUUUGAAACAUGAAUACUUGACCGCAUCACAUUAUGUUCCUUUAUGAAUGAAUAGGAGGGCAGAAAGAGAUGCAGGUCCAUAAAUUACAAGACACCAUGUUACCUUUCUAAUGUUGUUCAAUUAUUUUAAACUUUUAGUUUUCAUUGAUUUCAUUUGAGCACUAGUUUUUUUGAUUUUUCAUAAGCCAUUUAAAAUUGCUCCUUUAUUGAUUUUCUUUUUCUUUUCUUUUUUUUACACAAUAACGAUUACCCACCAGUGACCACAAUCUCUAAUUUUGUCACUUUUUCCUUCCCGUCCGCAUUCCUGCCUCGUGUUGGGUUCUUGGAAACGGUUUACGCCACCACACACCAGGUCUCUUGAACACGUGGAGCUAAGUACAACAGCCAUUCAAACUCUCAGUUCAGUAGAGGAAUCUUACGAACAAGAGGUGAUCUUUGUCCUCACACACAUCUAAUAGCUGUAUAUCUACAAAGAUACUAAAUCGAGAGAAUAUCUUUUUUGACUAAACUCAUGUUUAAAGAACGUAGUGUAUUUUUGCAAUGAUAAGUCUAUAAACCUGCAUAACCCCGACAUCGUCUUCCUGGAAUGAAUGCGGUUAUGAAACAUUACCUCUGAUUUAAGUAUUUAUUGAAAAUGGGAAGAUGGUUCUGGCCAUUGCUGGAGUCCCAUCUUUUCUUGAGGGAGAAUUAAUGUUUAGGAAUUACAGAGAAUGACGGCGUCACUGACUAGCAAUCAACUUCAUUCACUUUCCGUGUUUCAUGUGCAAAUCCUUUCUAUAUUGAUUCAACCAAUCCAUCAAAAUUAAGGAUGUCACUAAAUAUACACAAUACAAAAUGAUGUGUGAUUGACUACUUUUUAAAAGAGUAUUCCUCCGUAUUGGUUGGAGGAAGUUAGUAUUAACCAAUCGUGUGGAGUCUCUGUGUUCAGUCUUUGUGCACUAGUUCAGCCAACCAAUGGGAUUGUUGAUUCUGGAGUUUUUUUUGUUAUUUUAGAAGAUGCAUAUAUCUGAUUAUUGUUCGAACAUUUGUCAUACACAAGUUGAUUCUACUGUAUUAUGUACAUAAUAUACAAAAAUGAGAUGAGGUGUGAAUAGAUUUGAUCCAGCAAGUGUGUUCUCCAACCAAUGUGAUGGACUUGAUAUGCUUCUUCUUUUUUUACUAAAAACAAAUUUGCUACAAAACCAUUGGCCCAUUUUCUCCUUCUCGGUUGUCAUCAAUCACAUUUAUUACAUUUAACUGACGGUCAAAUGUCUGGCUCUUAUCUUGUGCCAGAUGAUUGUCACCAUCAUUUCAAAGCCUGCUCGCUGAUUGGACGAUAACUGCAUAUGAGAAAUUCUUCCUCAGACCUUUAUUUUGUCUGUUCGUCCAAUGAUUGUUGGAGAAAGUUUAAAUGUGUUGGGUUGUGUUGGUCAUUUCACAACUGAAGCAAUUGCUUUUUUUCAUUUUGUAGAGGAUUUUAAUGUAAGCGUACACAGGCUCAUACUUUUUCCUAUGGCAGCAUCAUUAAUGAUAACCUGAAUGUCCACAUUGGAAUAACGGGCAAUAACUAUACUCCCCAAGAAUACUGCAUGAUAAUAUCUAUAGUAAAAAAAAUAAUAAUAAUCAGUACUACAAUAUAGGGCUACGGCACAAUUUGAAUUUGAGGCAAACAAAAGUAGUUAACUACCUAUGUAAAUCAUCAAUAUUGUUUGAGAAAUCUUUCGGGAAACAUUUUAUAGCCACUUAAUGUAAGAUUUUAAAUAGCUUGGGUCUGUCUACAGGGGGCAGCACUGCACUUCAGGACCAAAGAGGUAUGGAAUCUUUCACCUUUGUUUUGGUGUUGCCAAGACCGAAAAGUACACUCCCAACAUUUCAGUCAUAACGAGUUCACUUGUUCCCACCAUGGCAAGGCGAAAGGCUGUACCUUGUAUUCACAGCCAAAAAUAGGAACGGAACUUGGGAUAAAAGCGUCCUCUAACACUAAAUUGGAGCAAAUAUAAAAGCAUGACAACAUAAAACCUUUCACAUGAGCUUCAGAACAUAGAAAGGAAUCUAGCAGAAUGCCUGCGUCAUUCAUUUUUCAUUUGGGUUAAAGUUCUCUUCCUGGCCUACCGUCAAGUCAGAGCCUCCAUUCCAUGAUCCUCGAGCAAUGUGACUGAAUAAAAAUAUGAAAAGUCCUGUCAAAAGCUAAACGACAUAUCAGAGCUAAAAAGAGACACAUUUGAUAUUGAAAUGGUUGGUUCCAAAUAUAAUUGAACCAACCAAGCAUGUGCACGAUACAAGGAAAGGAUUUGGAAUUUUAGCUUGUUUUAGCUAAUGAUGACAGACCAACUGGCAAUUAUUUAGAUUUCUGUGAACAUCUGUGACCUUUACAGUAUAAUG